UCCUGCUCCUGUUUCCGCUCAGUACUGCGGUGACCGCGGAGUGCGCACAGGCACGGUGUCCGCUGAGACGCCUCUGUCUACUUGUUGUUCUCCCUCCGAGAGACAUGACGCGCGCUUCACUGGCUGGCGUCGGACUUCUGUCGGUCCUUUUCACCUGUUCUUUAGCAGUGCAGUAUGAGGAGGACUACGAGGAUGUCACUGUGAACCAAAUGUUGGCUCCCAAAUCCCGGGAAACAGACACCACGGAAAUCCUCAAUAAUUUACUCAAAGAGUAUGACAAGAAGCUGAGGCCGGACAUUGGAGUGAAACCAACUGUCAUAGAUGUGGAUAUAUUUGUGAACAGCAUCGGACCGGUGUCUUCAAUCAACAUGGAGUACCAAAUUGACAUCAUCUUCGCCCAGACGUGGAUAGACAGCCGCCUCAGAUAUAACAGCACAAUGAAAAUACUGACCUUGAACAGCAACAUGGUUGGACUCAUUUGGGUGCCGGACACCAUCUUUAGAAACUCCAAGACCGCAGACUCCCAUUGGAUCACGAUGCCGAACCAGCUGCUCAGGAUAUGGAAUGAUGGGAAAAUACUUUACACCUUAAGGUUAACUAUAAAUGCUGAGUGCCAGCUGCAGCUACACAACUUUCCAAUGGAUGAACACUCGUGCCCGCUCGUCUUCUCCAGCUACGGAUACUCGCAAGACGAGAUGAUUUACAAGUGGAGGAAGAACUCGGUGGAGGCGGCCGACCAGAAGUCCUGGCGUCUGUACCAGUUCGACUUCAUGGGCCUCAGAAACACAACGGGCGUCAUAAAGACAAUGGCGGGUGACUACGUGGUGAUGACGGUGUAUUUUGACCUGAGCAGAAGGAUGGGCUACUUCACCAUCCAGACCUACAUCCCCUGCAUUCUCACCGUGGUUCUCUCCUGGGUUUCCUUCUGGAUCAAGAAGGACGCCACUCCGGCCAGAACGGCUUUAGGGAUAACCACAGUCCUCACCAUGACCACUCUGAGUAGUGUGGCCAGGACGUCGUUACCCAGAGUGUCUUACGUCACCGCCAUGGACCUUUUCGUCACCGUUUGCUUCUUGUUUGUGUUUGCUGCCUUGAUGGAGUACGCAACAUUAAAUUACUACUCAUACAACAUUCAGAGGCCGAGCUACAUGGAACCUAAAAGGCUGAACUUCUCUGUGCUGGACGUGAGGCCUCCUCCGCACACCGUCAUCGCUCUAAACAACGCCAUGUACUGGCAGGAGUUCGAGGACGCCUGCGUCUACGAGUGUCUGGACGGGAAAGACUGCCAGAGCUUCUUUUGCUGCUUUGAAGAAUGCAAAGGAGGCGCUUGGAGAAGAGGGAGAGUCCACAUAGAUCUACUGGAACUGGACGCGUACUCGCGUGUGCUUUUCCCCACGUCCUUCUUGCUGUUCAACAUUGUGUACUGGGUCGGAUAUCUCUACCUUUAGUACAACGCACUCGGCAGAACUGGAAUCAAAAGUCAGAAAGUAAUGGGCUUUAGUAGUGAUGUAUGGUACUGUGACAGCAAAUAAGCUCUUUGGAAGGAGCUACCUGGAUAAGAGAGCAACACCCGGCCUGUUUCUGCUGUGGGGACCUUAGGCGUGAGAAUCCAACACAGCAGAGUUUCCCUUUGUGUGCUGUGUUGACUCAGAAAGGACUGUUAGGACAAACGGGCAGCAAGCUGCACACCGGGACUCCAGUCUGCUCAGGCAGGUAGACGGCUCUGUGUUGUAGGAAUACUGUUCGCCUGCCGUCGGUCGAGUCCAGCUGAUUAUCAAAUCCAAGGACACACAAACCGUUCCUAGUGCCUUCCUUUGGAGGGGUAGAUACUAUCCGUAACAAUAAUCAGGGAGUUAUCAUUUAUAGAGUAGAUCAGAAGAGCCUGGCUUUGACUGAUUAUCAAUACGUUUAUGAAGUAGUCACGUGGUACAAUAAACACACUUAUUAUUGGAAUAUCUUCACCGUUACUUUCAGCUAUUUGAUGGGACUAGCUAUGAGGUGUUACCCGUAUCAAGGUUUUACAUUUUUGUAGUUAUAUUUGGUUUUACAGUCCUUUUAAAACCCUUUGUGUCCCAAAUUUAAAAAUGUCCACCUGGAUAUUUUUACUUACUUUAAUUCUACACAGUUCUCUAAAUGUCCUGUGACUAAAAUAAAUUACCGUAAUAACCCGAUAUUGGCUGGAAAGCGCAAUAUCUCCUCGUUGGAAUUUUUCAGAUAGCGCUACGUGUGGUGGAAUUACGGUACUGCAUGUUUGGCAGGAUCACUGGCGCUCGAUGCCAGAGAAAGCUCCGGAGUAAUGUGUGUUUAUUCUGACGGUGUGGAUCAUAGAAAAAUGCAACCUGUCCCCUCCCCCACCUGUUACUGCACGAUGCAGCAGGUUGAAUGGAGGCUGCUACCAUUUUGCUUUUGCCUACAAGACAAACUCAACCGUUUAGAAAUAUUUCUGGACUUGAGAAACACCCAACACCAUAUGAUCCGCUCAGCGUCCCAUUAAUUUAACUCAGAUGGUCCAAUUAUAGCACAUCAACUGUUAGACUUGACAUAUUUAUUGGGUGUUUAUUCUAUAAACAAUAAUCGUAAUUAUAAGUAUGCUGCUUCAACAGAAGUAUAAAUAGUUGUUGCUUUUCCAUUUACACAGUUAUGUCAAGUUUGACAUUUUAUAAAUUUUUUUUUCACAUUACUACAACGAUGAAUGACACUUUCUACCAUUUUUACUCUCGGUUAUAAUCCAUGUUAGUGGCUCUGUUUGUUGGUUUGUUUCUUAAAGGUUAAAAUGAUUAGGAUUUUUAAAGCGUAUUGGUUUUAAACAUGUUAAUUUAAGGCAGAUGGAUGGACGCCAUGCUAGUGUCGACUCCAUAUUUCAUUCUGUGAGGUGUUGAUGUAGGUUUUCGGUGUAUUUAGGUUUGUAACGUCAGUUUCUUUCUUGCUUGUUUUCUUAUAGAGAUCGUUUAUUUAGUUUAGUUCGUUUCAGAUUUGUAUUUGGUGCAAACAGAUAACUUGCCUUAAAACAAAUAUACAUAAAUGUUUAGUCUGAAAAUGGUUUGAUAUCACUCAGUUCCACUCAUCAAAUGUGACCAAGAAGUACAAAAACACACUUGUGACUUAGACCCACUUUCUACUGGAAGUAUUUAUUUUUUACUAAAGGAAACCUCCUCACAUUGUGUUUUUCUUGCAUACCAAUUGUAACUCAUGCAACACAAAAUCAUAUACACACACAGAGACUCACACACACUUAAAUGAAUAAGUAAGGAAUUGUGUAAAUCUGUUAAGGAUCUUAGGUGAAAUCUAAUAGGAUUAUCUGUGGGCCCAAUCACAUUUAUUGGGCCCCAUCGUUGUCGCCUCCUGAUUUUCUUGCAUGCAAACAACUGACAAUUAUCCUGAUCAGGUUUUGCCACAUUCGGAGAUUGAAUGAUUGUUUUAAUAGAAGCUGGUUAUAUAGUAAUUUAAUUUUCCUAUGUUCUCACUCGACGCUGACAUUAGAUUAACCCACUCAGCUGAGGAGAACACCGGAUUUACCUCUGAAAAUAACCGUAGGGAGGCGAGUUGUUUUUUUUUUGUUGUUGUUUUUUUUUAACAAAUCGUGCUUUUUGCUACAGGCAGAAAACUUUAUCACACUGCAAAAACAGUAC